UGACUUUAACACAACUGUUGACACAACUUUGUUUUCGUUCUACACGUGUUUUUACUUUUUAUCGACUCAAAAAUUACAACUUUAAGAUUUCAGAGAAAUAACUGAAGACAAAAAUAGUCAAGAAUAUUAUACUAGUAAUUUAAAAAAAUACUUAUGAAAUAAUUGUACAUACAGAAUGGGGCGAAAAAUACCUGCAAAGAAACAUCGUGGCGUCAAAGAUCCUCUUGUUCAACAUGCACGCCGAAUGCAAAGUAUAAAAGACAAGAUUAAUGCUCCUCCUACCGAUCCAGAUGAUCAACCUGUGCCUCGCUCCCUUACACGCUUAUUUGCGUUUCAAAAUAAAGACAAAGAUGUCAAAAAGAAGAAAAAGCGGCUACAUAUGCCCAGUGAUGAAACAAUUGCAAGAGGCAUUGGCGAUAAUCCUAUAUCUAGGCUUAAAAAGUUGCCUGGUGAAUCUGGCAGAGGCUUCUCCUUGAGAAUUAAUAGUGCUAUUAGAGCCCUGCAUGAUCCCAUCGACCAAGAGGCUUACCCUCAAGACCUGGAAGAAGAAGAUGUUAAAGGUCAAAAGAUGACAGAUCACCGAGAGAGAAGAAAGAAAAAACGCAAAGGGAAGCAGGGUGAAGAAGAAGAACCUAAACUGACUCGCACACAGAAGUUAGCUUUGAAGAAAAAAGCCAAGAAAUUAAAAGCGAGUGAGGAAGAGGAAAUAAAGGAAGUAGUUUAUGAAAGAGUAGGCUUUGGGGAUAUAACACAUGCACCUCCGAAUUUAACAGUUCGGCCCAAAAUGAGGGGACAAGACGCUACAGCUAUGGGAGCACCUAGACCCGGCCGCAAAGAUCUUCUUCUUAGUGCAAUGCUAUCUGGCAACACCAGUAAAAAAAAUGCAAAUGCCAACGCGGCAGAUUUGGCGCGGCGUGAACGAGCGCGACUUGAUGUCGUUGCUGCUUACAGAGAAUUAAAGAAACAAAAGCGGGAAGGAAUGAAAAUUAGGAAAUAAUUAUGUUUAUUAUAAUGAUGUUAAAAAUAAAAGCAAUAUAUGAGAUUUUUAUUGU